AUGCCUCCCACAAAGCCCAAAGGCGGCAAGAUGAUGUCGCUCAUCAACUACAGGCUCCGCAUCACGCUCAACGACUCGCGCCAGAUCGUCGGCCAGCUCCUCGCAUUCGACGCACACAUGAAUCUCGUCCUCGCCGACUCACAGGAAUAUCGCAAGAUCAAGUCCAGAAAAGCAAAGGCUAAAGCAGCAGCGGCUAGUAAAGCGGCAAAUGCCAGUGUCGAGGACGCUGAAGACGACGAGGACGCACCGGCAUCCGCAGGUGCUCCCGAUGCCAUUUUGGAGCAGAAGCGGACAUUGGGUCUGCUCAUUCUGCGUGGUGAAAACAUCGUCAGCAUGGCUAUCGAGGCGCCUCCGCCGGCGGAUGACAGGAAACAAGCGACUAUGCAACCCGGUCCCGGAAAAGGCGCGCCCAUGGGCCGAGGAAUGGGUCUGGCAGUGCCGCCCAUGGCUGGAGCCCCACCUCCUAUGAUGGCUCGACCCAUGCCCUACGCAAGACCACCUCCCGGUAUGCCUGGUAUGCCCGUUCCACCUCCAGGCAUGCCUGUGGGCCCACCUCCUGGUUUCCGUCCACCUGGCUUUCCCGGCAUGCCCGGCGGUCCACCUCCGGGCUUCCCCGUCGCUCCACCAGGAGGUUUCCCUCCGCGUCCCCCGCCCGGAUUCGGUAUGCCGCCCCGACCACAAUGA